UAGCGUCCAAAGCUUCUACACGCCACGGUAAUUGUUAAUCUUUAAUGCGCCCACCUAAUACUCUCGGAUUUGUGACGAGCAAAUAGUCUAAAUACGUCACCGCAUCGUCGCAAUUAUCUUAAAUAGUCCAGAAAGCCGGGUCCGGUUUCUAGCAUUCGUCACAUAGUCACCUAGCAAAAUGGGCCAAAGUGCGGAAGAUGACGGAGGUCAAGAGGAUGGUCUCAGCAUCGAAUGUCAAAUGGAUAGUAAAUCUGAGAUAUCUACUAUUCAAUUAAGCGUAGUCAAUAAUAAUAAACCCAAAAGCGAUGAUUCCAAAUUUGACUUUACAUCAACCGACAUCGAAGAUGCUCUUGAAGAAACUGGUUUCGGUAAAUUCCAUUUGUUCCUCAUCCUCACAUGCGGAUUAAUUCUGUAUGCCGUCACCAGCGAGUGUUACUCCAUAGGUUACAUCCUUCCAGCAGCCCAAUGCGAUUUAAAUUUAUCCGUCGAUGACAAAUCCUUAUUAACGUCCAUUGGUUUCAUCGGCGUGAUGACCACGCAAUUCAUCUGGGGUUUCGUCUCCGACACGAAAGGACGCAAGAACUGCCUCAUCUACACGCUCUUCCUCACUGUACUCUUCAGCUUAGGCUCUUGCCUAUCCCCAUAUUUAUGGUUAUUCUUAAUCUUCAGAUUCCUGAACGGAGUAACAAUUUCUUGCGCUUCUGGUACGGUAUUCGCGUACAUGGGAGAAUUCCUGGCAAUGAAACAUCGACAAACAAGUAUAAUGAUAUCCUGCAUCUUCAUCGGACUAUCAAUUUUCCUGCUACCUUGCAUGGCUUGGGCUGUGCUUCCUCUUAAAUUCUCCUGGAAUAUCUUCGGCUUCGAGUUUCUACCUUGGAGAUUAUUCAUAUUGAUCAGCUCCGCGCCUACUCUCUCAGCAUGCGUAGCUCUAUUCUUCCUACCGGAAAGUCCUAAAUACCUUCUACAAGUCGGAAGAGAUAAAGAAGCUCUCAAAGUGCUCAGAACUAUACAUAGUUGGAAUUUUAAAAAUGAAAAAUUCAAGGUUAAAAAGUUGAACAAGCCUGAAUCCGUCGAGCGAAAGGAUAAUGUUAUAGUCGGUUUCCUAAAACAGAUCUAUGCUCUGUUCACGUUGAAAUACUUGAAGAGCAGCUUAGUAACUUGCAGCUUACAGUUUGGAACUUUGGUGGCUUCAAGUGGUCUUCUGCUUUGGUAUCCUGAUAUUCUUCUGCAGGUGUCUAAAAGCACGGAAGAGGCGACUGUGUGUCAAGCUAUCAGUUCGGGUAACCAAUUUCUGGAUUCGGGUGAUGAUCUGAUUGAAUGCAGCAACGAAAUCGGAACUUCAAUAUUUACUCAAAACAUUUACAUUGGUGUAGCCUACUUGAUUGGAUUCGUCAUCAAUUGUCUUGGCGUGAAGAGGCUCGGCAUUCGGAUGCUCUUAAUACUCUACUUGAUUUCAUCUGCUUUGGCCACUGCUUUAUUGUACUGGGUUACGGAUAAGUUGGCCAUAGAUAUUCUGUAUAUAAUUGUAUUAGCUGGAAGUGGUCUUUGCGUUGGUUUAGUGAACACCGCUGUAAUUGACUUGUUCCCAACGCAUUUGAGGGCUAUGGCUGGAUGCGUUACCAUAUUUUGUGGUCGUCUUGGAAGCGUCAUAUCCAGCUCCAUCUUUGGACACUUGCUGCAAUGGAACUGCGACAUCACAUAUUUCCUUUAUGCAUUUAAUUUGUUAGGAUGUGCCAUACUCUCCAUCUUUAUAUACAAAAGAACUGCAGCUCAAUGAUCGAUUUUACUUCAUCUGCAGCUCAAUAGAUACGCCUAAUUAGUUCCAAACAUGUGAUAUUAUUUUUUAAACGGUUUUGUACAAACAAUAAACAGAGCGAGAGAAAAACUCAGCCGUAUACAAAAAGGGAAACAACAUUGUCUUACAAUUUAGGUGCAUAGGCACGUGUCAUUACUAACAAAUGAUAAACUUGAUUAUUAAAAAAGCCUGCCGUUCGAUGUACUAAUUCAGUCGAUGCUUGCGAACUUACGCCGCACUUGAUAAUGUGAUUAUAAUUACACUACUUGCCAUUUAUUUC